AUACGGCCCGUGGUUGUCGUAAAGCAGAGAAACCGAUACGUGAACGUCAACCAACUAGCUAGCGUUAGCUUAAGAAGUAUUUUAAAAGAUACAUAAGCUAAUUUACACAUUUUUUCGUGUAGCUAAAUUGUUAGCGAGCUAUCUAGAUAUUUAUUUAUGUUGUUAGGUUAUCUUAGGUUUGGCUAACGUUAGAUAGUUACAUUAUGGACGUUUUACGUCCGCCUCUUAUUAAUAUAAACGGAAGAAUAUACCGAAGGAAUAUCAUUAAGGAAGAACAUUAUGAGGAAGAAGAAGAUUUUUCCUAUAUGGGACCUCCAGAGAGUGGUGACCUUGCAGAAGAUGAAACCUGUGAUACUCACCUGAUAGAACAGACUGAUAAAGGAUUCCGCUGUGCCAUUGAUGUCCCAAGUGUUCUUUACAAAUACAUCAUUGGGAAAAAAGGAGAGACACGCAGACGUCUGGAGUCUGACACAAAGACAUCUAUCAGCAUCCCUAAACAAGGAGUGGAGGGACAGAUUGUUAUCACAGGUUCCCAGAAAGCUGCAGUCUCGUCUGCAGUCACACGAGUUGAGGUCCUUGUCGAGAGUUUCCGGAAAAAGCAGCCUUUCACGCACUUCCUGUCAUUCCCUCUGAAUGAUCCCAAAAUUCAAGAGGGGUUUCUGAGGUUUAAAGACGAGGUCUUGCAGCAGUGUUCACAGGAUCAUGGAGUAGACGGAAGCAUCUUUCAAAACCCUGCAAAGCUUCACCUGACAGUCGGCACCCUGGCUCUGUUAAAUGACAUGGAAGUGAGAAAAGCAUGUGAUCACCUCCAAGAGUGUCAAAACUUCAUCAGAGACCUCACAGCAGGAAAACCUCUGCUGUUGGACGUGACGGGUAUAGAGUACAUGAAUGAUGACCCAGCUAUGGUGGACGUCUUGUAUGCCAAAGUCAAUGUGAAAGAUGGAUCUGACAAGUUGCAGGUGAUUGCAGACCGGCUGGUGGAGCACUUCGUCUCAGCGGGGCUGAUGGUCAGAGAGUGGGACAGAGUGAAGCUGCACGGCACUGUGAUGAACACUCUGUUCAGAAAGGACUCCACAGUUGAAGACUCGGGCGGCCCAGGAAGGCAAACCAUUAGUGAAAGAGAGGCGUUCGAUGCCAGAAACAUAUUAAAGAAAUUUGGUGCUCAUUGUUUCGGAGACUUUGAGCUGAAUACCGUCCUGCUUUCCCAGAGAUUUUCAACAGAUUGUACAGGUUACUACACCUCUGCAGGGAGCAUCAACUUCUCAUGAGUUUGCAACCGAGCAUAUUAUGAGGGACAUGAUUAAGGAUGCGCUGGGCAGAUGUCCUCACUAAUGAUGGUAGUGAAAACACAUGUGAAGGAACAUACGUCAUCCACAGGGAGACUCACACACUUGUGACAUUUAACUUGCCGGUAUUUCAACAUGUUCGGACUACAUGUUCAUUCAAAUGGCCGUGCGUGUUUAGUUGCAUAGCACAGGAACAUAUUGGACCAGGGCUGCUAGUAAUGAUUAUUUUUCAGUGUUAGUCAGUUACUCCAUUAUUUCCUUGAUUAACUGAACAAUUGUUUAGUCUAUAAAUUGUCAUUAAGUGGUUGGACAAAUGGGUAACAUUUAAGUCAAUUUAGCAUUUAUAAGCACUAUACAAACAUCUCAUAAAUUGUUUAUAAUGCACUAUAAUUUAGCUGUAAGCUGCUGUAAGGACAUUUGUAAUGUUAUCAAUCUGCAGUAUUUGGUAACAAAUACGUUUUCACCUUAUUGCAGCCGUGUUUUACUAUAUUGUCAUUCAUGAUCUCUUUAUUAUAAACACACCUACAUUAUAGUGCGCCAUUUUUUUAUGUUUAUCAUCUGCAUAUCAAUGCUAAAUAGCAGUAGAACCCAAGGUGACACCUUUUAAUCACCUAUUUAGUCCAACUAACAGACCAAAACCCAAAGAUAUUUAAUUUACAAAGACAUACAGCAGAGGAAAGUGGCACAUUCUUACAUUUCAGACAAUGGAACCAGCAAAAAUGUUGCUAUUUUGGUUGAUAGAUGAUUAAAACGAUCACUUUAUCACAUUCAUAGCAUGAUCAGAAAUAACAAACGUGUUAUUGCAUUUCCACAGAUUAAUUUGGAUUGACUCAUGUUGCUAUGCAUGUCUGUGUGGGUGAGCUUGCUUAUUUUUUCUGUCCCUGCCAUACUCUCACCCUAAUUAGUCAGCUCUGUGCUUCCUGCUGUGGGAACUUCCAGCGUAACCCUUGAGAUUUCGAGACUAGCAUGUGUCCCUUUCAAUAAGCCUGCUAAAUGAGACCUCAGUGUGUGUUUGUGUUACCGCGGACCUGUUUCCUCUGUGGGUAUGCAUCCUUAUUUCUGAAGAUCUGAGGAGACGCAGGAGCUGGUUUUUAAUUAAAAUGUUAAGCGCCGUAGUUGCCUUUGCAGGCAUGUGUGCAUGCGCCUGUUCACAUACAUGGAUGAGUCACAUAGGCUGCAUGUUUAGAAGGCUGGUUCGCUACGCCCUCUGAAAACAAGCCUUUGCAAUGUAAAAGAGUUGAUAAAACCCUGUUUUCUCCUUUACUCUUUUUCAUUGUCUAGAAAGAAAAGCUGUUUCUAAAUGAAGUGAGAGUAAAGAAAUGUCUGCGAUGACCCCAUAACACUCUAAAAACUUACAUUGAACCUUUCAAUAAUUCAUAUCAUGUUUGGUAACUGAAGUCUUGUGUUAUCUCAACCAAGUAUUGUUUAGGCCUCAAUCCAAUUUGCAUAUUUAAUUUCAUGCCAGUUUUCAAAGUAGCCUUUUUUUUAAAUGCAGAGGCUGUUUGAAAUAGGUUUUAUUUGAUCAAUGUCAAACUUUUGAGCACACUUUGGGUUUUGAUAUUCAGAACCGCACUAUGCAAUUUUUCAUAGUGUAAUUAGAAAUCAAGCUUUCAUUCAGUAGGGCCGGCAUUAACAUCUGCUGAGGGGGAAAAAAAAGCUGAUGUCUGACAGACGGACCUUUUUAAUACAGUAGAUAUGUUUGAUUUGCAUGCUAAUAAAACUAUGAAAUCGAUUAAGCACCUAAUUACCUUUUAAGGUCAUGGUCAAGUUUUACCCGUGUGUGCCUUAAAGCACGCAUGUUGAUCAGGUUCAUUUAGCAGAGCGAUGUGUAGAAUACAUUAAAUCCAUUUCAGUGAAAGGAUGAACAGGGAGCACUAAGGUGACAUUUCAGUAGGUAGCAUUGUACUCUUGCUGUCAUGUUUUCCCCUUAACAAGCUUGAAGCCUAAGAUUGUUCUGUGAAGGUGUUUUGAUUGAUCAAACACGUCUGUCCACAAAAAGUUACAAAGGUGGUCUGUAAACAAUCCUGCGAGACAAAGCCGACGACUCUUUCAAACUGGAUGUUGUUAGAGGUGAAAUAUGACUGCACGCCUGCCUUUGAUUUUUCCUCUUAUGUUGGAUGUGACUCUCCCAUUGAGUGCCACCGCCGUUUGAAUUUCACACUAAUCACUCUGUCACUAAUGGACGUGAGCGGCCUUGACGGACAGCCAAGGCUGGAGUAUUUGAAACGUCUAAUCUGUGUCUCCAGCGAGAAGGCAGGUGAUCCCUGCAGCAGCUCUUUAUCAUUCAAAGUGCUGAGUCUGGAGGCUGCACGCAGCUGUCCACGUCUGUUUGCUGCUUGAGGCAUUCACACCGGGAGGAGAGGCACAAAGUCAAGUGUGUUUGAACAGCAGGUUGUCAUUCAGUGCUGCUGUUUACUUCAUGUACACACUGCUCUAUAAGACUUAAAAAUGAGACUGUAGCCAAUUUUCAGUAUCGAUUAAUGUCUGUUGCUUUUUCUUUUUUGUUAUGAGUGUUUAAACUUUAAAAAAUAAAAUUUCAGAAAAUGAAACAAUUUAGCAGAACCGAAGGCAAUGUCCUUAAAACAGGAAAGCAAAAAUCCUGACAUUUGAGAUGCCGGAACUAGCAACUGACACUUUGCUUACAUUGUUUACAUGAUAAACUGUUAAACCUUGUUUCACUGUGACAUAAAAUCAGUUUUUAUGCUAAGUUAAGGACUAAAGAGGUAGUUUGACUGCCUUUAUUUAAAUAUCAAAUUGCUUAAUCAGUCAGACAUUAAAAUUGGGGUAAGUUGUUCUGGAGAAAGAUUGUUGAUCUUUAAUUUGAAAUUUGGUGAAUAUCUCCUCUCACUCUGCUAGCUGUCCAUUCUGCAAAAAAAUAAAAAAUAAAAAGUCUUUUUUGUACACAGCCCUGGCUCUAUAGAUGGUAAACAAACAAAGUGGCUCAGAUUGAGCCACACAACCUUAUUCCAGCCAGUCAGCAACAGGUGGCAUUCGUGCUCAUGGAGGAGGAGGGGAGAUGUGGGGAGGGGGUGAGAGGGACAGUUAAUCUGGCAUGCUAACGUAUGACAGCAUUGUGAAGGAGGAGAGAUGGUAAUAUCAACAGUCUUUCUGCAGUAUGACUCACCCCACAUUUAAAGCAGGAUUAAUUGAUUUUUUUAAAUAUCUAAUGGAGGCAGCAGAACAAGCUGUAAACACAACACUGACAUAUUUUUCGAUGUCACGGCGAAGAUGUUAGCAAACAGCUUCCACAUACAGCAGACGAGGACCAACAUUAUCAUUCAUUUGGAGUCUUGUUUCUGGCCACCUGAUGAAUACCAGUAUUUACUCUUGUAGCUCUAUUUUUGGUCUCCACCAACUCCUGAAGGAAAUAUGUUUCUCUUUGGUUGCUUAAUGCUACACUUGGUACCCGAACAUCUGUAAACCAAAACAAGAGGCUGAAAGACGCUAAAACACUGCGUAGAGGAGGGUGUCUGCAGAGUCAGGUGAUUCUUUGCCACAAGUGACCGCUUUCACAUUAGAAUGUAAUUCUAAUUGUUGACGUAAGAAUAUUGAUUAGCGCAGCUUCAAAGCAUAAAUGAUGACACGUGGUGAUAAAAUCUGUUCAUUUGUCUAUUCAUCGACUAAUUGUCUCGGCACCGAAGGCUCACACGACGAUCGCUUCGGGUUUAAUAUGCAGCAGUUGAGAUUCACUGCUGUAAACUCGCCCUGUAUCGGAAGCUUCUUAAACAAAUCAUCCAGACUUCUAUUCAGAUGUUUUAUUCAUCCUCUCCGAAGUGUUGCAGUGUGAAAUCCCUCCAUGCAGCACUUAAAGCUAUUUCUUAUUGCCUGGAUGUAGAAUGAAACUGAUGGGGAUUUGUCAAUUAUAGUAGUUGGCAUAAACUUGUUAAUGUAGACUAAAAAUAAGUCAUCUGCUGAGACCGAGCGUGUCAAGAGUUCAGAAUAUUAGCCCGUUUCUGUCUUUUGUGCACAUUUAAUUGAAAAAGGUGCUGCACUCUCUUCCACCCCUGCUGCAUCUGCCCGCAGUGCAAAACAGCAGCUACCAGUAGUUCCUGGCAAAGGCAAACUGCUGUCAGACUGCUCUCAACUCACUUUGCACUUUUAAUAGCUGUGUGACCCAGUUUGAAUCCAAAUGAAUUAGAUCUAUACGCAUUUAUAGCAGCUCCACUUACAGCUGUAAGUCACUUGAGAUUACUUAUUAAAUGCCUCCCAAUGUGGUUUAUUCUCUCCUCAAAUAACUUCUUUUGAUGCUCCUAUCCAGGAACUUACUUUCAGGCUAUAUUUUUUUUUUCCAUGUGCACUUUACAGUGGCAGCACCUAUCACAGGCAGUAACUGCCUCACAAACAAACUCCCGUAGUGGCUGUGGCUGGAGGAGAAACGCAGUACCAGAAUUAGUUUUUAUUGUGCUUUUGUGUCAUCAGUAUUUUAUGCUUUAAUACAAAGGCUUUAACUUAAAAAUAAACAGCAUACAGAUGGAACAUGCACAAGUAAAUUACAAAACAGAAUAUAAAUGAAAAAAUGAUGAUGGGAAAGUAAACAUUUUUACACGGCCUUCCAGCAUCUCAAAUGUGAGGACUUUCUGCUUUAUUUUGUUUUAUAUCAAGUGGAGGUUGAACAUCUGUGGGUGUUCGACUGUUGAUCAGACAAAACAAGCAAAUAUGUAGCUAUCAUCUUGGAUUUUGGGAAGUUGCAUUUGGUAUUUUUCAGUAUUUUACAACAUUUUAUACACCAAAAAUAUGUUUAUUGAUCAAAAAAUAAUCAAACGGAUACAUUGUAGAUGAAAACAAUCAUUAUCUGCAGCCACAGGGUGCUGUAAACUGCCAAUAUUGAUCACGGAUUAUGUGGUGCAGGUCAGUGAUGGCCGUGGCGUCGGGCUGGAAAGUGUCCUGGCUGAUGAAGAAACCCUCAGUUGACAGUAAAGCACUGCAGGGAAGCACGAGCGGAACAUGAACCGGCUCACAACAGAGUGUCGCUGCAUCUCUGCUGGAUCUUUUGUUGAAAUGAGUUGAAAAAAAUGAACAUUUGUUUGGAUUGUGUUUUCCUUCACAGUGGCAGGAGGUGCUACAGUUUAACAUUCUGUUUAAAUCUGGCAGGAAUAAAUAAAUGUGUAAAGCAUC